GAGGUUCCACGCCUUAGCCCUAGCGAACAACUCCAAUCCUUGGAAAUUCAAAAAAGAAAAAAGAAAAAAGAAAAGAAAAGAACCUCAAAGAUGAGCACGUAUAUGAGUCGAUUGUUUCCAAAAUCUAAUUCCAGCAUGUUGUUAUGUAGUGGACAAGCCAUUAAAGCUGAAGUUUUACGCUUAAGGGAACAAACGUUGUUGGUUGAUGCAGGGAUUGGAAGCCCUAGGAUUUGUACGCAAGACGAGACCACAUUAACCGGAUCGGCAAUCAAUCGAUUUGAGGAUAAGGUGGGAUUCUUCGAUAAAGGAGUGGGCGGCGGUGAAUCACUGGUGAGAAAGCGGUUUUUGGAGAGAUUCUUCGUCGAUUUAGUGAGCGGUGAAUCGAUUGCCAAAGAGCGAGCUGCCGUUAGGUUUAACGAUUUGUUGGGAUCGAGAUCACUGGACGUUGUCGCCGGCGAGCCGACUCUUCUUAAUCCACGGAGGUUCAGGCAAACCCUAGUUUGGCAAGAAUUGAAUAAGCAUUGGCAAAACAAUUCGAAGGUCAAGGGCUUUUUUAUUGAUAAAGUGAGAGGAGGUUAUUCAGUAGCCAUAGCAGGCUACGUUGCUUUUCUUCCGUACAGUCGUUUUGGGAGAAAAAUGGGCAGGGAUUCAUAUAAAGAUGGAUUCACCAUUGAACGCAUUGACCCCAAAAAGAGGAGUCUUGUGGUAUUCUAGGUAAUUGGAAAUUAGACCUACAUUUGGUGUCUUUCAGGUUUUUGUUAGGGUUUAAGACGUGUCUUUUGAAUGCCUGUGUUGUUUUCAGUGGCUUUAAAAAUAAUUGCUUUUGAUACUUUGAGAAAUACUCGAGACUUAGAUUAUUGAAAUUUGAAAUUUGAAUGGUUUUGACUGGGA